AUGGCGCCUCCUCAGCCGUCGCCGCCGCCGUCGUGGGUGAUGCUGCGCCGCGAGGUGCGCGCGUGCGGCGGCGGGGUCGUUCUGCCGGAGGGCGACGAAGUCUCCGUCGAGCUCGCCGCGCCGCCACGCGCCACGGUGCUCACCGUGUCCCCGCGCGUCUCGCCGCCGAACAAGGCGGGGGACUGGGCCAGCGUCGUCGCGCUCGACCCCUCCGCGGGACUCGUCGUCCUCGCUUCCCAGUGGAGCGACGACUACUUCGUCUGCGACAUCGCCGCCGGCACCGCCACCUGCGUCCCCAACGCUCUGGAUGCCGACUACGACGUCGAGGGCGAGAGCCUCGGACUCAUCGCAGCAGCGCCAGGAGGUGGAGCGAACAGCUACAUGGUCGUCGAGUUCAAGCCCGUAUUUGGCGACGAAGAGGGCGAGGGCACCAUAAUCGCCCGCUUCUUUCCCGAGUUCGGAAGAUGGAUGGUGCAGGAAGUCAACAACCCCCUACCGUACUGGCCCUGGCGUUUCGACAGCGUCGUCUCCCACGAUCACAAGCUCUGGUGGGUGGACACCUCGAAGGGCAUAGUCUUCUGCGAUCCGUUCGCCGUGGAGGUGGCGAUGGAGUACGUUCCGCUGGACCCUGAGCCGGAUCACAACCUCAACGGCAGAGCGACCCACGAGCAACGGCGCAUCGUGCAACUGAGCAACGGCAUGUUCAGGCGCGUGGAGAUCAGCCCUGCAAGCAACGGCGCCGCUCCCGAGUUGUCCAUGCGCACGCUGGUUAAUCCAGAGACCGCGGAGUGGGCGCUUGAGCACGCGGUGAGCUUCGCCGACAUCUGGGCGAGUGAGAGCUACAAGGCGACCGGGCUACCGGAGAAGGACCCUGAACAACUUAACGGCGCGUUCGUCCACCCAAAGAACCCCGACGUGGUGUACUUCUUCCUGGAGAAGCAUCUCCUGGGCGUCGACCUGCGCGGGAGGAAACUCGUGGAGUACGAGGCCCGCGUCUCUUCCGACACAUUUCUUCCAUGGGAGCUCCCGCCUGCGCUCUCCGCAGUUCUCUCUUGGGAGGGUACUGCCAAUGAUGCGAAUGAAGUGCCACCUGCGUCGCCGGCUUCGUCCCAACCGUCUGAUCGCAACGGUCCCUAGAGUCAGUUCGACAUGUAUCUUCUAGGAUAACUCAAAACUCGAGUUAAGAACCUAUCUGUGUGUUAGAAGCAAUUGACAUUUGGAGUGUUCUUCGCCUGGGAGCCUCUUGAGAAAAGGCUGUAGUGUUUUGCUACUCUUGCUCAUGACCUCUUCGGUUUUUUGUUGAGAGACGACUAAGACUUUACUUACGUGUGACAAGUGGUUGGCAUUUGGAGUGUUUUGCUAUUC